GCGAGAGAGACACGCUUGGAGAAAUUGUCCUGGUUUUUGUCUCCCCAAGAUGUGACCCUGGUGCUACCAGUUGAGCUUACAGGCUGGGAAACAAGAGAGCGAGCCAUGGAGCUAAGGAAAAUGGCUCUCUUGUACUGCAAUUCACGGUAGUGAGUCAUCUUUUACUGCCACUACCUGCUGAAGAUACUACAAUAUCCUUGGAACGAAUUUUGGACACUCUUAGUUACCCAGGUAGCCUUGGGAAGCAGCAGAGCCUGAGAAGCUCUCACAACUCAUCACAAAGUGUGCCCAGAAAGGAAUCCUGAGCUCAGAGAGUGGAUCACUUUGUACCAGAGCUAACGGGAACCGGCUGCUCCUGCUGUCCAACCCCUUUACCCAUAAUGGGUUUGGCUCCCAGACAAGGUGCUGUGCAGGACACCUGACUCUGGUUCAUGCCCGAGCCUUCAUCUGUGCAUGGAAGAUGUCAGAAAAGAACCAUCGCUUGAAGUCUUCCCCUGGCAAAGUGUCUCUGAAAACUGCCACUGCCAGUAAACAGCAGACUGAUCUGAGCAGAAGGCCAUCAGCUGAUGAUGACACCUCUUCAGAGCUGCAGCGGAUUGGUGCAGGGGAUGCAAGCCAGCAAUUCUCCAGUUCCCCGCGGAAAAAGAGCCUUGGCCGGAUAGCGCGGCUGGUGCUGGUGCUCAGGGAAUGGGCCAACAAAGGCCUGCGGGAAGAACCAGAGCGCCCAGAUUCUUUCCUUGAACGGUUCCGCGGGCCAGAUGUGCAGACCUUGACUGCAGCUGCAAGUAGCAAAGCUGACAGUGAGGAUAAAGAAGGCGGCAAAAAGAAGAAGAAGAAAUGGGAGCUGUUUGUGUUGGAUCCGUCCGGGGACUGGUACUACCGCUGGCUGCUGGUCAUUGCACUGCCUGUUCUGUACAACUGGUGCCUGUUAGUAGCACGAGCCUGUUUCAAUGUGCUCCACACACGGUACUUGAUCCUAUGGCUGGUUCUGGACUAUGUCUCCGACGGCAUCUAUCUUCUCGACAUUAUCAUCCGGCUACGCACAGGUUUCCUUGAGCAGGGCUUACUUGUCAGAAACUCCAAGAAGCUGGGCGAUAAGUAUGUUGCCACCUUACAAUUCAAGCUUGAUAUCCUUUCUGUUUUGCCCACUGAUUUUGCAUACUUUGCCACGGGCUUAAACCGGCCUGAGGUCCGCUUCAAUCGGCUGCUACGCUUCUCUCGCAUGUUUGAGUUCUUCGAUCGAACUGAGACGAGGACCAGCUACCCAAACAUCUUUAGGAUCUGCAACCUAGUGUUGUACAUCUUGGUCAUCAUCCACUGGAAUGCCUGCAUUUAUUAUGCCAUUUCCAAGUCCAUUGGCUUUGGAGUGGACACCUGGGUUUAUCCAAAUAUAUCCGAUCCAGAGUACGGCUAUCUGACAAGGGAGUACAUCUAUUGUCUCUAUUGGUCUACCCUGACCUUGACAACCAUUGGAAGACCCUUGUCUUGGGAUGAAGAGUUUCUCUUUGUCAUCUUUGACUUCCUGAUUGGUGUCCUCAUCUUUGCUACUAUUGUGGGAAAUGUGGGCUCCAUGAUCUCCAACAUGAAUGCCACCAGAGCCGAGUUCCAGGCCAAGAUCGAUGCUGUCAAGCACUACAUGCAAUUCCGCAAAGUGAGCAAGGACAUGGAGGCCAAGGUCAUCCGGUGGUUUGACUAUCUCUGGAUCAAUAAAAAAACUGUUGAUGAAUGGGAAGUGCUCAAGAAUCUCCCUGACAAGUUGCGAGCCGAGAUAGCCAUCAAUGUCCAUCUCGAGACCCUGAAGAAAGUGAGGAUAUUCCAGGACUGUGAGGCUGGCCUCUUGGUAGAACUCGUUCUGAAGCUCCGCCCUCAGGUUUUCAGCCCAGGCGAUUAUAUUUGUCGAAAAGGGGACAUAGGAAAAGAGAUGUAUAUCAUUAAAGAAGGGAAGCUGGCUGUGGUGGCUGAUGACGGCGUGACUCAGUAUGCUUUGCUAACUGCAGGGUGCUGCUUUGGCGAGAUCAGUAUCCUCAACAUCAAAGGAAGCAAAAUGGGGAACAGGCGGACAGCGAACAUACGCAGCCUUGGCUACUCUGAUCUCUUCUGCCUGUCGAAGGAUGACCUCAUGGAAGCAGUGAUGGAGUACCCUGAUGCCAAGAAAGUUCUGGAGGAACGUGGCCGAGAGAUUCUGGUCAAAGAAGGGCUGUUGGAUGAAACAGAAGCUUCUGAAAGCAUGGAAGGGAACAUGGGACAGAAACUGGACCGGCUGGAGAGCAGCCUGGAGAUGCUGCAAACCCGCUUCUCCCGGCUCUUGGCUGACUAUGAUGCUGCUCAGAUGAAGCUCAAGCAGCGCAUAACCUUCUUGGAGAACAAACUGAAGCAAUCCAACCAGGAUGACUUUUUCUCUGAUGCCUCUGACAACCUACUGGAGGAUGAAGAGCAACCAUGA